GUAACAUUGCAGCUUCCGAUCUCUUAGGAAUCGGUCUCUUUGGCAGAAUAUUCUCUUCGUUACUUAAAUCAAAGUUACAUUCGUCAUGAGUGGAUCGGGAAAGGGAUUACUUGGAAUGUGGUUGUAUCGAAAAUCUGAAGGAUGGCAAAUCAAAGAAGGUAGUCCUAUACAUAAAAAUCAUGAGAUCCCCAUGCUCGAGAAAGAAAAUAAUAGCGAAAAUAAAAAUUCCGUAAUAUUCUCGUUGAAAAAUCAAGUUGGGGGAUUGGCACGAGCACUUCAAGUAUUUCAAGAUUUAGGUGUAAACGUUGUUCAUAUAGAAUCAAGAAAAUCACUCAGACGUGGUUCAGAAUAUGAAAUUCUUGUUGACGUUGAAUGUGAUUCUAAAAGGAUGGAACAAUUGAUGAGAAUGUUGAAUCGUGAAGUUGCCGCCAUUAAUUUGGCACAAUACGAACAAACGGGAAAUAUUCCUCAACAUGCGCCAUGUUUGUCCACUGCUACAAGUUUUGAUUACAGUGAAAUCGACAUGCCAUGGUUCCCUCGAAAAAUAUCUGAUCUCGAUCAAGCACAAAAAGUGUUGAUGUACGGAUCUGAUUUAGAUGCCGAUCAUCCUGGUUUUAAAGAUCCGGUUUAUCGUAAACGCAGACAAGAAUUCGCUGACAUCGCGAAUAAUUAUAAACAUGGUCAACCAAUUCCUAGAAUUCAAUACACCCCAGAAGAAAUCAGAACGUGGGGUACAGUUUUCCGUGAAUUACAUCAACUUUAUCAAAAACACGCGUGCAUGGAGUAUUUAGAAAAUUGGCCUAAACUUGAAAAAUAUUGUGGAUAUAGGGAAGAUAACAUUCCACAAUUGGAGGAUGUGAACAUUUUCUUAAAACGAACUACUGGAUUUCAACUACGACCAGUUGCAGGAUAUCUUUCACCGAGAGAUUUUCUUGCAGGAUUGGCUUUUAGAGUUUUUCAUUGUACUCAAUAUAUCCGCCAUUCUUCGGAUCCAUUUUAUACUCCUGAACCUGAUUGCUGUCACGAAUUGUUAGGUCAUAUGCCAUUGUUGGCAAACAAAAGUUUCGCACAAUUUUCUCAAGAAAUUGGUUUAGCAUCCUUGGGUGCUUCGGAUAACGACAUCGAUAAGCUUGCAACGCUGUACUUUUUCACGGUUGAAUUUGGUCUUUGCAAACAAGACGGUUCUUAUAGAGUUUAUGGAGCAGGAUUAUUAUCAUCGGUUGCUGAAUUGAGACACGCAGUAUCUGCACCAGAAAAAACCUUUAGAUUCGAACCUGAAAUUACUUGUAAACAAGAAUGCAUUAUUACAGCUUUUCAAAAUGCGUAUUAUUAUACUAACAGUAUAGAAGAAGCAAAAGAAAAAAUGCGAGCGUUCGCAAAUGAAAUUCAACGUCCGUUUGGUUUACGUUACAAUCCUUACACGCAAUCAGUAGAGGUUCUUACCGAUGCACAAAAAAUAACUGCAGUUGUGAGCGAGCUACGUGGCGAUUUGUGCAUCGUAUCAAAUGCAUUGAAAAAAAUUCACGAACAGGAUGAAACCGUGGAUGUUGAAAGAAUAACAAAUCUUUUGACUCAAGGAAUAGAUAUUGUUCGUGACACUUCGUCAUCUGAUAGCGAUGACACCGAUAAAAGUCCUAACGCUGAUGAACGUCAAACCAAUUCUACGAAAUAAAAUUACAACUCGAUACACAAUUAUUGAAAUAUAAUCGAAUUACGAUGGGCUAGGUGUUCCGUGUGUUGUUGUAUAGUUUAUUAGUUAUUGUUGCUGUUGUUGUUGUUGUGUAAUCGUUAAUUUGUCUGUAAAGUUUAAUACCUCCUUCGUCC